AUGAUAAAGAUUCGCAGUGCAUUAAAGUUCAGGAACCCAUAUCCGCGAGAGGUUAGGUCGACGGAUUCAUCCCAGCGAUAUUUCUUUCAUAUUGAUGCUGCAGAGAGAGAAAAUGACGACUGCGGCUGCCCAUGUGUACGGGGCGUGCCGUAUCCGUAUAGAGUAGCGAUCUCCUGGACAGAAUGUAUCAAUAUCAAUGGGCUCUUUGGCGACGCUAGUACCUUGCAGAUGAUAAUAAUAUCCAGCCCCUGCAGCGGAGAAAUUAAUUGUGUUUUCCUCGUGUCCGGUUUCAAGAAUCAAGAAUCAAGACUUACCAAGUUCCCAGAGCCCGUCUCCUCGGACGAUGAUCUCCCUCUGGACUCUGGAGACUGGCAGGAGUCUAGAUUUUCAAGGCUCGAGAGGAAAUCGAAUUGCAUUGCACUGAAUAGAAUGAAUGAAUAUUGA